AAACGUCGCCCAGGCUCUCAUCGCGUCGCUUAGCCUCAGUGGACGUGUGCCUUUUUCAGAGACUCAAAACCGUUAUAAAAGAUGCAGUGAACGAAACUAUGGAUCAUGGAAAAAAGAGCAUCCAUGCUUCCUGUACCAUCGUCGAAUGCAUUUAGCGAAACAGGCCAAAUACAAAACUUUAUAUCGGGUUACUCUCGCUGCGCGUUGUUAUUAGUGUUCCCACAUUUACACAAUUCCAAAUCACUCUGCAACUGAAAACGCUUCCAGCGGUGUAAGUUAAUUCCUUGCUGUCGCUUGGAAACUGAAGUCACCGAAGAUAGCAGACAUAUUAAAACUGCGCUUUGAGUGUAUUCGGUGCCAAACGAAAUUGGAAAGUGUAAACGAUGUGACCAAGCUUACAGUCGAGCGGAUUCCCAGAGAGUGCUGUUCCGGCCAUCAAAUCACAUGUCGGUGGCUGCCGCUGGUAGUGGAGGACCCUCGCAGUUCCAAGACCAUAAAAUGCAACAAUUGAAGAGAAUGGGCGUGGGUUCCAGCGAAGAAGAUGGACUCCAUACAGUAACAGAUCUUCAGGCGAACAACCUGAAGAUGCCCGGCGAGAAAAAAGGUAUCCUGAAAAAGCAAGAUUUCAACGUUAUUGGUUGGGUGGACAACAUGAGAGGAGAAGGUGUUUCAUCGGCUGCGGCUGACGAGAUCAUGACCCAAGCUGAGGAAAGUAUAGCGCAGCUGAUGGCCGGUCCAGGGGCUCAGGAAGUGGAACGCACACUGAAGACCCUGAACGGCUAUCACGAAGACAUCGUCAAGGCGUUGCGAGUGGCAGCUUCGCACAGGGGCUCGGCAACGCCAUCUGGUGUCAGCAGUACAGCUGGCCUCAGCGAAGAGCUCCUUCGAAGGAGUAUAGCUCAAUGUGCUGCCGGAGAUGGGUAUCCGGAGUACAAAAGAAGUAGUAGUAAGGAAAAUGUUUGUGAGCAACAGGUGGUGAUAGAACACGUGGAAGAAGACGAAGAUGAAGUACCACCAUGUGGUCCCAUUCGUAUACGUAAUCUAGAAGAUCUCAUUAGACAAUUAGAACACCAUUCGCGGCAUAUGAGUCCGAGCGGUUCCGAAGAUAUUCGAAUGUCAGAGACUGAAGCUGAUCGACAUUAUCGACAGGAAUCCUCAUCUGCGUGCAGCGAGAGUUCGCACCAGUCGCAUCACCGCGAGUCGCGGUUCGUGUACGGCGGCAGUGGGCGGUACCGAUCGGGAGCGGGCGACGGGAGCGGCGGGAGCAGAGGGAGCGGUCGGCUGCCCAUGGGGUACCAUCCCGCCUCCCACCAUGUCGUCCAGGACGAGGAGAGCAUCUACGAGACUGCCGAUCACGAUCGGGGCGAACCUUGUGGUGACACGCCCGACAGCGAAAGUGACGACUUCAUCCAAGCGCAACAGCAGCUGUCACGUUGGGCGAGUGAUGACGGCGUUAGCGUGGCAGGUGCCAGCGGCAGUGGGGGUCCGUCCUCAGGGAAUGCUGGCGGCGCAGUACCUCGCGAGUACUACCCCUCCCCCAGUAGCAGUACCAGCGAAGAACCGCCCAGUAUCGCACGUGCCCCCCACCAAAUGCCUCCCGGCCCCCCGCCUUCCGUCGCGCAUCCUGAUCACGCUACUAUUCAUAGGCCCAAACGGUAUCCGGAGUACAAACACUGAUAGUGACUGAACGGCGAGGCGGCCCACGCACCUACCGGGGGCCAAUGGGCGGUCACCGUCGACGAUUUGUGGGCGGCGUUCGACCUGGGCGACCACCUGCCUGCUUUCCGCCGCGCAUCCUACCCCCAGUACACGAAGUCUAUCUGGGGAAGCCACUGGGCGGCGCUAAGUGUCCUCAGGAGCAGCGCUAAGCGGAAGUGGGCGUCAUCACCGAGUGAUCGCCCCGCCCCGUCCGGGUACGUGCGCACGCGCUGGCUCCACCCACUCUGCGGGCGGCCUCUGUCGUUGCCGACUAAGAAAAACGGCGAUAAUGAGUUACGGGCGAGUGCUCGGUCAGUCCGCGGUCGCCAGAAGGUUAUCUAGAAUGUAUACGGCUGGUUUGCUUCAACGAUCUAUUUGAGAUUAAAUUAGAAAAGCUUUUAGAAGCAACGAGAAUACACGGUAUUUGACGGAUCGUCUGGACGUGACAAUAACCUAGUCCAAGACACUUUUGAAUUCUCUUUUCAUUGGGUGAAACAUGCCGUACUAUGUGAAAAUUUGAAAUUCAAGCCAUCUUACCUAUGUUCAAAGUAAGUAGCAAUAAAUAGCUUUCUUAUUAUUGAGUAGCAAAAUUAAAUUAUGUUUUAGCUGCCAAUAUAAAAAUCCAUUCAAAAGGAGAACGGAUAUUUUGGUACACAAAUAAAUAACAAUAUACCGUUGGAUAGGUCUUGUCAAAAAGAAAAAGGUAAAAAGUGCGAAUUGAAUUUUAGGUGAUAACCCGGAUUUUACCAGUGCAUUUUUCGGCUCAGCUUUUUUUCACUCCUACCCAUUUCCAAGAUACAAAAUAUUCCUUGGUAAUUAGAGUUAUUCUAAAAAGUAUUUACUUAUUGAGGAAAAAACUUGUUUGUGUACAAGACAUUCCCAAAAGUUAUUUUUUAUGGAAUAUCUUGGUGACUACUAGUCCAAUUUCAACGAACGUUUAACGAUCACCAGUGAUUCAUGGUGGGCUCAACUAGGUUUAAUUAAAUUUUAGUUAGUCCUUCUGGGGGCGCUAUUAAUUUUUGAAUUAUUAUCGGAGUAAUUUCGAAAAUCUUGAGAUACGCCAUUGAUAUUUCAUAAAUUUGAUACCUCCAUUCAAUUUUGUCAAAAAAAAAUCACAUCAAUUUUUCAUUCGGUACGAUUUUUGAAAACGAACUCUAUACGCAAGAUCUGCAUUAAACGUGCAUUUUAUGUUGUCCAAUGAAUCGACGGAACGCAAUUCAUGAAAGACCACUUGCGUGCAACACAAACAAAUCCGAAAAGCCAAGGUUUCUUUCGAGGUGGCGAUGCUCCAAAUGGACAACGAAUUUGAAAAAAAAACUAUAUUUCUCAUUUACAUGAAAUGGACUGUUAAUGAUUUACGAGGGUGGUCAGAAAAGUUUCCGACUUAACAGAGAUACAAGACAUUUUUUCUAUUUUUUUAUUUUUCAACAUAGUCUCCUAUAUAUAAUUGUUCACGAAGGUGACUGCCUCUUCAUUUGACGAAAAUAUCUGUCCUCCGAGCGCAAUUUUUAGAUGAGGGAACAAGAAAAAGUCGCUUGGGGCUAGAUCUGGUGAGUAAGGCGGAUGGUCAUGCAGUUCAAAUAGUAAUUCGUGGAUUUUCGCCAUGGCAACCGCUGAGGAGUGAGAUGGUGCGUGGUCUUAGUGAAACAGGAUUUUCUUUUUCCGCAAGCUCUGCCUACCUGUAAUGAUUUUUCCUUUUCGAAGAUAAUCGAUUAAAACUCCAUGACUAUCCCAAAAAACAGUCGCCAUCACUUUCCAAGCCGGAAAAACAGUGUUUGCUUUCUUUUGGAGCCGGUGCCCCCUUUGCAGUCCAGUGUUUGGACUGUAUUUUUGUUUCGGGCGUAUAAUUGUGUCCAAGUUUCAUUGGAACACGUUUUUGGUGGUUGAACGUGAGCAAACGUGGCACCCAACGCGCGGACAGCUUUCUCAUGCCUAAAUGUUGAUUUAAUAUUUGACAAACACGUUCAUUUCACAUGUUGGUGAACUUUGACGAUGUUUUCGUCGAUACUUGCACUUUUUGGACGUACCGAACGUUCAUCGUCUCCCAAGCUGUUUCGGCCACGUUUGAAUUCAGCUGCCUAAAAUUUCACUGUGGUAAAUGAUGCUGCAGGCUCCCCAUACUCAGAAUUCAACACAUCUUAUUGCGUAUUGCCUUUCAAAAACAAAUAUUUAAUGACAUCUCGAUACUCGAUUUUGUCCACAUUCACAUCCACUCACCCAAACGAAUGUUACAUAACAACUGCACGUCCAAAAUGGCUGAAACCUUAGUGACUAACUGUCAACAGAUGAAGAACGAAGUUCGCUAGCUUUUAUUUACUUGUGCUGCCAUCUUCACGUCGAGGUCGGAAACUAUUCAGACAACCCUCGUAUAUCUAUUUGUUGGGGUAUCAAAAACCAUUCUUCCUUGAACUGUCAAGCAUUAUUGCCAAGCAAGAUAUAAUUUUUAUUGAAGUGACAAUUUGUCUCAUAUAAAAGGAUAUACAUUACUAAUAGAGUUGUUGACACAAACCAGCUUAACGAAAUCAAAAGGGUAGUUUGUAAAUAGAAACUUUUCACAUAAGUAAUUGAUUAGACCAAAGACUAAAUAAAUAAUUUCUAUACAUGUCAUUUUUUCCGAAUAACUCAUAAUUUACUUAAAUGCCUUUAGGGAGUCUCCUGAAAGAUCUAACCGUAUAUUCGAUGAUAAGAAACAGUUUACCAUAGAAUAGUUGUUUAGAUGGAGGAUUUGCUAAAGGUAUCGUUUAUAUACAUAAGUGAAUUGGGGAGAUUGUUAUUGUUUCCUGACAGAGUUAUGAGAGUUGAGGAUCGAGCAGCAAAUAUAUGUACCAUUUUUGUCAGCAAAAAACUUGCCGAUUUUCUCAGUGAAAGUCAAAAUUCCCGACAGCCGCCACCUCAUGGUACAUUGCUGUUUGAUCCUCGCUCCGGUAAGGAAAAGCAUGACUGUACGUAAGUGACCGAGUGCUCAAUACGUCUCAUCUAGAAAAUUAUAGAAUUUAACAAAAUAAAAAAUUAUCGUCAACGAUUUCGAACGAAUAGAUUUUUGUACAUAACAUUAGGAUGUUUCAAUAUAAUUAAACUGUUGAUCAACUGGUAAGAAUAAUAGUUUUAUUAUUAUUAUUAUUUAACUAAACAUCUUGAAUUAGUUCGCAUGCAAUGAUGUUCAGUGCUUUUCAAAAAGCCCACUUAUUUUUUGAAGCACCCUGAAAUUCGGGACGAUAAGACUAACUAAAACUGAAAGUUGAAAAUUUCAAUAUGGUGGUUAGACGUAACCAUUUUUGAAUGGAAUGGGGGUCCUGUUAUACCUCAUUUUUAACCUCCUCACGAGUACCUUGUCACUCUAGAAUUUAGAUCUCUAUUUUUCAGAAAGGCGGACUGACAAGCUGCCAAAGUCGGGCGUUUCUAUACGUUGAACCGCACGGGUAUUACGUAUCUCGAAAAGUGACAUUGUCGUUUUUUGACAUAGCGUAGGUUUUUUUUUAACACAGCGUAGGUUUUUCUACAAGAUGUUAACUUAGAACUAGCUGAUGGACGCUUGUUGUGAGCUCUUUUUGUAGUUGUACGUGUUGCCUAAACGUCAUGAUGCUUCAGUUAUCCAUGUUUGGCUCUGAAGAGUGAUGUAGCAUCAAAAAAUGGCAUUGUUGGAGGUCUAAGGAAUAAGUUGUAUAUUAUAGCUGGAAGCUAAUAAGCUAAUAAUCUGUUUGAUGAUAAUUGCAUUGGUUUCUUGUCUCAAGCAAACUUACUUGGGAUUCAAAGCUACAGGGUGGCCCAUAAGUCCUUUGAGCUGGAAAAAAAGGAAUAAAACCAAACUAGUUACAUUAUGAAGAAUUAUUAUAUUUUGUUAUCAUCUUUAUUGAAUGGGAAUUAUGUUUUAAAAAUCACAUCGUCUAAAGGCAAUCUAUUACGAUCACGGCACUCAUAUAAACGACGUCUAAAAUUGUCGAUGACUGCGCGGCAAGUGAACACUGUAAUGCUUGCCAUUUCUCUUCGGAUAUUUUCUUUCAGGACAUCAACUGAUCGCGGAGUGGUGUCGUAUACUUUACUCUUGAGGUAGCCCCAUAAAAAGAAGUCCAUUGGGGUCAAAUCUGGACUACGUGGUGGCCAGGAAAUGUCUCCUCUUCGAGAAAUUACUUUGCUGGGAAAAAGUUGACAGACGACGGGCAUAGAAGUGUUGGAGGUGUGGGCAGUUGCUCCGUCCUGUUGAAACCAGGUCUGCGUAUUAUAGCCUGGAAAAUUCUGCAACGCUGGUGUCAAAAACUCUUCUAUCAUUGCUACAUACCGCUCCGAAGUAACAGUUAAUGCGCGACCUCUGUCGUCCUCAAAAAAAUAAGGGCCUACGAUGCCAUGCGCUGACAUAGCAGCCCAAACUGUAACUUUAGGGCUGUGUAAGGGCUUCUGAUGCUUACGCCUUGGAUUUUCGGGGCUCCAAUAACGGCAAUUUUGUUUAUUUACAUGCCCGUUUAAAUGGAAGUAAGCCUCGUCCGAGAACAACACAUUAUUGAGCGAAGAAAAUCGAUUCAACAUUUCAUUCGCAAAGUUUAGUCUCUGAAUAGCGUCAUUAUCUUUUAAUUCCUGCACUAACUGAAUUUUGUAAGCGUGCAGACGUAAGUCUUUCCUUAAAAUCCGCUGUAAAGAUGUUCUGGGUACGUUUAGUGCACUGGAACGCUUACGAGUAGACUGGGUAGGAUUUUGACGAACAGACUGUGCCACAAUGUUGAUGUUUUCUUCAAUACGAGUUGUCCUUGGUCGACCCCACCGCUGUUUAUCUAACGUCGAACCAGUCUCUUCGAACUUAGCAACCCAGUUCUUAAUCGUUUGAGCUGUUGGACACUUUGUAAAAUUGUGUAAAUUGUGGUAUUCUCGAUAUUUACGCCGCGCAAUGGUUUCCGAAUCAUUAUUUUGAUAAAACGCGCGCACACAAAAAGCACGAUCCGCUACAGUGAAACACUCCAUGGCGACUGAAUUCCAAGACACUGAAGAUACUGCCCCCACCUCGCCCGCGCCGCUCACGCUCACCCGUUAAAUUUUAUUCAAAUUUGAAAUUUCAAAGGACUUAUGGACCACCCUGUAUAAUUUUUUCGUAUUCAUUCUGGAAAUUACAUAUGCAAAUGUGCUGAAUUUCAAAAGUGAGAGAUUUAAGAAAAGAAAAUUCCUGGUUGGUGAAGUACCAGGUGAUAAAAUAUGCUGCAGACAGGAAUAUUUAUGAAAGUAAAAACGUUAUUACAUUAUUUUUAUUUCCAGUCAUUUAAAUUUUAUAGAAAUUUAUUUUGCGAUGUCAAUAGAAAAUACGAAUCAACGCCUAGAUGUGAGGCACUGCGAAAAUGUAUCCAGUGUGAUACGUCAUUCCUAGUUUUUCUGUUGUGAUGUGGCUUAAUUGCACUCAGCGCGGGCGCCGUGGCGAUUUCCCGUAAUGCUCCUAAAGGUUUUUGAGAAUACAAAAAAACGGGAAAAGUCGUAAUUUAUAACUUUGAACAUAACCUGUCUUCAGAAAGCACAACAUAUAAAUAACCCGUCGGGCACACCUAAUAGAUGUACGUCAUCGGCAGCAUAUUCAGUAAUAAUUUUCCCACUUAGCAGAUAUCACGGAUUUUAUACACAUGCAGACCAAUACACAUAAUCAUCCAGGUGCGAUCUUGGUACUCAACCAACUUUCUUUCUUUCACAGUUUCUCAGAGAUAAACACUACAGACUACUCGGCUUCACAAAACAUAUACUUAAUUUCUGCAACCAACAAUGAGUGUAGUUGAGUCAUUCCUUCCUAGAUGGACCCCACAGCGAUCAUAGCGAGCAAACGUGGAAUGAACUAUUUGCACCCUGAACACUACCUAGUUUGCAAGAUGACAUUUCUUUGUUUUUUUACGUUUUAUAGAUUUUUUACAUAAUAACCGUGUCUCUUAGCUAACACAACAAUCAAUGGUCAAAACGCUUGUAUAUUGUAUCAAUAAUAUUUUGAAAGAAUUAAAAGAUUAUCUCAAUAUAUGCCAUUUCAUUCUAAAACUCAGCUCCCAUAUUUUAUUAGACGUUCAGGUAGACUAAAAGAAGAAUAUGGAAGUAUACAACAUAUUAAAAGUUUUUGAUUAAUAAUUGGUUGUAGAGUUAUACGCUAUUCAAAAACACUCAACUUUGACAGCCCGCCAGUUCGCCAUUUGGAAGAUAGUGAAUUUAUGCCCUAGGAUUAUAAAGUACGGAUUGAUAGGCAGAUUCAAUAUGGAGUAUUGCAUGACCCAUUCUAUUUAAAAAAAUGUUCCAAGAUAACGCCCAGGCGCCAUCUUGAAAUUUCCCAGUGUUAUUUUUACGUUAAUAGCAAAAAUCUAAGCAAGCUAACUUAUUCAAAGAAUAACAAGGAGUAACCUUUUUGAAAAGCACUGUAUGUAUGUGAAAUAGAGACAGGAAAAAACACUCCUGAUAUAAAGAACCCUGAAACGUUUAUUUACUGGCCACAAGCUGAUUAUGUAUUGUAACGGUCAUAGUUUCCGAAAAUCCUGCUAAUUUAUUAUCAAACCAGUUGAUGCGACAGCGCUUCACACUCGAAAUUGUUACACGUCGUAAUAAUAGGUGGUUCUCAAUACUAAAUGUAAUCGAACCUCGCCCUACCGAUUUCUACAGGGUGGCGCAGAUUGCAUGGAAUAAUAAUUCAAUGGUUGUGAUAGAACAUAGACAAGUGAAGGGAAACGAUUUUGAUCACAAAGACCACGGAAAGAACAUCUGGCAAAAAAUAAUAAUACAGCAAAAGAUUUGAUGUGGAUUCAUUCAACAUAUCUACUAGAGCUUCGAGGUACAGUUAAACUACAAAAUAAUUAUUCACAUUAGUUGCAUUUUACAUAUGGUUUCAAGAUGAGCACUUUUUCAAUGCCAGGAAUAGUGAGAUGUUCUAAGCAAAUGUUAUACGGGCUUAACUCUAUCGUUCAGAAUCCUAUAGUACGUGUAGGAUGUCGAGUUAACAGCUGCACAACUACUACUCCCUGCAAUCUAGCUAUCCUAAAAGUGUGCUCGCGAAGUGGUGCAUAGAACAUAACGAUUGUUAAGUGUUUCUAAGUGGUGAUCUACGGUCACAAUCAACGAGGCCGUAAACUGUGUAUUGUUUGUUGACUCGUUUAGAAACAAUUCAAUGUUCGCGGUCCGUCAAACGUGAGACCUACGGUCGACGAUUUGCUAUGGUGAUAUUUGACAGCUGGCGUCACUUGAAGAAUCUUUUGUCAUCUCAUAUGUGGCUGAGACGAGUCUAUUUCCUCCAUCUUGCGAGAGUUUUCAUACGGCUCUAGGAGAUAUUUAACUUAGUAGGUAGCAAGGUUUGAACCCCAGGGAUAGUCAAAAUCAAUACGAUUUUAAUAAUCAAGGUCAAAUGACGUGUGCUUGUCAAAUAAUGACCUUUGGUCACGACGUCCGUGUGCCUGACUGUGAUACACGCGAAUGAUCCUGUCAGUUGUCGAUCGUGGAUGAAGUAAUGUCAUUCUUACAGAGAUUCAAGCAAUAUGUUUUGAAACAGAUUGUCGAGAACUUGUAUAUGUUGUUUAAAACUUAAACUACCAACCAAAACCUCUCUAGAUUAGUCUGUCUGUUAUGACACGAAAUAUCCACGACUGACAAUGACAUUCCAUGUGCCAUAAAAGGCCAUGCAUAAUUCUAAAUUCGUGUUGUACGAUUUUGCCUUAGUUACUGGACACUUCGUCUCCCAAACAUUGCGAUAUGUUUAUAGUGUUUGAGUCCCUUCUGUUACGAUAACGUUUAAUCUUAUAAUGCAAAAUUCUUCAAAUGAGUAUUUCCAGAUAACUGGAGGAAAGACAAUAUCGUAGAGAAACAUCAGAAGAGCAUAGCAGCAUUAACCGAUAUUUUAUUGCUCAACAGAACAUUUCCUAAAACAAGAGAGUUAGUAAGGUUAUUCAAAUUUCAUAACACAGGAUCAUUCACUAGUCGUGACCAAAAAUGAAACAUCAUACAAAGGACCGCAUUUUAAGGGAGUCUUCUAUGUAAAAAUUUUUCCUCGAGGGCAAAAUAUAUUCAAAAGCUUUAACUGGAAUGAACUAAAACUUGGUAUGUGGAUUUACCAAAGUAUUGUCCACAUUCAAAAAAAAGUCUCUAUUAACGUGCACCAGUGGAUUAAUGACAUUAUUUUUCCAAGUAAAAAUAGUGUGCCUCUGUUUUUUUCGAAACGCACAAUUUUUCGAAUUUUACGUUUAAUUUGCUACAAGUAAUUACUCUUGUAUUUUUUCCUAGAGUGCAAUGUUUUCGUAAAAAUGAAAAAACAAUUUAGAUAAUCAAAGCUUUAUUUCAAUAAAUUAAUCUUCAAACAGAUCACCAUUCUGACGGAUACAAGUGCGGCAUCUUUUUAAUAAAGAAAAACGUAUUUCCGAAAAAUUUGUUGUGGCUUGAAUUUGAUGAGACGCAUUAUCUAUGCUUUCUUGUAACUGAUCAACGGUAUUAAUUUAUUCAGCAUACACUAGUUGUUUAAAAGUGUCCUGCAAGAAAAAAUUCUAUAGGGUUCAAAUCAGAAGUCCUCGCAGGAGAAUGUACGGGUCCGUUUCUUCCAAUCCAUCGUUGUCUAAAAUGAUUAUUUAACCAUGCGGUUAUGUCACGACGAAUUAUGUAACGGAACAUCAUGUAACACAUUUUCUAUGUGAAGUUCUAGAAAGCUAAGGAUGAGUUUGCAUUUAAACGUUGUGGCAAUACGUGCACAACAGUUGGCCAUUGAAACUGCCACACCAGAUAUUUCUUAAAAAUCUGUGUUGAAACGAAUGGAUUCUUGCAGAAGGGGGAUUUUCUAACGACCAAAUAAUUAUGUUCAUUAUGAAAAUUAAAGGUUCCACCCCUCGUAAAAAGCGAUUCAUCUGAGCACAAAAUCAAAGUAAUAAAAUCUGCAUUUUGAUUAUGCAUAUGCAGUAACCACUCACAAAAAUUUCGCACUUGCACUUCGUCGCCGGCUUGCAGGAUGUAAAACUUCCCGUUUUAAAGUUCUCCACGCAAGAAUUUGGAAACAUGGUAACUGGGCUGCCAUCCACCUAGUACUUGUACUAGGAUCAUCCAACGCCAAAUUAAUCACUUCCAGUUACUCUUAAACAGUAUGCCGGACACCAUGGCCUCUAACUCCGGAAGUUUGGCAAUUCCAUAUUGCGAAGUCUUAGAAAUGAACGCGUACAAAUAUUUGGGGUAGGUUGGCGUCGGUUAGGAAAUCUACGGUGAUAGUCCCGAGAAGCCGCUAGAACAUUUCCAUUACAGAACCCGUACACAAAAAUACUCUCGGCGUACUCAUCAUUGCUAAAUUCCGUUUCACAACGCUCAGAAAUGGAAAAAGAAACUUUUGACUUUUACAAAAAAAUGGUUGUAGUAACGAUAACAACCCUAUAACACAUAACUUUGACAAACUAUCUCCCAAGAAACGUCAAGAUGGUAUCAAGGCCUUCUAUUUUAUUUUGAAACUUAUUGUAUUUCGGCUCUUCAUGGAUGAUCUAAUUUGUUUUAUUUUGAUUUUACGAAAACAGUGUACUCUAGUAAAAAAGACAAAAGUAUUUAUUUGUAGCGAAUUGAAGGUAAAAUUCGAAAAACUGCGCGUUUUGAAAAAAACAGUGGCGUACUAUUUUUAUUUGGAAAAGCAAUGCCACUAAUUCCCUGUAUCUCCGCCAAUUUUGAGUAAAGACUUUUAAAUGUGAACAAUUCUUGGGUAAAUUCUGAUAUUAGAUUUAAUUUCAGUUCCAGUUGACGGUUUUGAAGAUAUUAAAAAAAUUGGUUUUUAUUUUUCAACUUUUAAUGAAGCCCUCGAGGAAAUAAUACUACAUGGGAGACCCACCUUAAAAUGCGGUCCUGUGUAUGAUGUUUCAUUUUUGGUCACGACUUGUGAAUCACCCUGUAUAAAGUUAUUUUCUUCGAAACCAAUACCUUCUAGUUUUUUUAGUUGUACAUACAGUGGAAAUAUCAAAGUUACUGGAAGGCGAAGCUGAUUCAGAGGAAUAUUUAUUACGAAAGAUUUCGGUAAACGUAACGAUUUUUUAUUAUAGUUCGUAAGUUAGUGACAAAUGAAUAUAGUGAAGACUACACAGAGCCAAAUGGGGCCUAAGAUAUACACAUCUCAUCCAUCUUUACGUAAUUCCAUUAUCCAGCCUGAUUGGUACAGUUAUAAAUUUCAAGUUUAUGAAACAAUACGGAUUAUUGUGUAUUCUUUGAUAUGUUUUGUCUCAAUGGGGCACAUAUCACACAUUCAUUUAAAACAUUAUUCGAUUCAGUAUGUUAACAGGACCCUCAUGUGCUGUAAAGCUCAAAAUGACUGAAUAUUAUUUUCAUGUUUCAAAAACUAUUUCACGAGUAUCCAUCACGCUUUGACGUCUACUGAGAUAAUCAGCAAGUGACAUUUUUCUGUUAGUCUGCAACGUUGGCAAUAAUGAAUCUACUAAAACCUGUUUAUAGGGUUUUGUUUUUUGUAUGCAAAUAAACUUUUCUAAAUAAAAGAGCUGUGCUAGUAUAAACUGCAUCUGUGGCGUACAAAAAAUCAAAACAAAAUUCGGCUCUUUCCACCUGUCGUUGACGAGGUCCGACAGCAUUAUGUCCAGUGCCGACAUGGGGAAUUUUUGAGAUAUAACUAGAUAAUCAGCUGUCGUUGUACCGUGAUGGAUACUCGUGAAAUAGAGUAUAUGCAAUGAAGACCAGAAAUACUAAACUAUUUGUAUCUGAAUAUAUCAGAAGAUAUUUCAGGGACAAUCAGAUUAGUCUGAAAAGAAUACGUUUUUCUAGCACUAUGAUUAUCAGAUUAUUUAUAAUCAGGUAUUGAGAUAUCACAUUCUCAAAAAUUUCUUUUAGAAUAAAUAACAUAUAUACAGGGUGUUGCACAUUUUUUAUCACAUAAAGAGGAUGUGAUAUCUGAUCGCACUGAUUGAUAUCUUGCUAUUUACACACAUAUUUAAAAGCAAGAAAGUAUCCUUCUUAACCUCUACGAAAGUAAUAAUCCAUCAAUGAGAUUUGACAAAAUCACGAAACUGUUAUGUUGAAGCUGUCUGCAGGCCUUUCUGUUUUAAAUGGAAAUGCCUAAUAGAUGCUUUCAAGACACCAGGUAUAAAUAUUUUUCUCUGGCAAGAAAUCAAGAAAAUUGGAUAAAAAUAGGCCAAGAAGUUCAUAAAAUUGCUAUUACGAUUUUCAAUUUGCUGGUUGCAAUUUCAAAGAAAUUUAUCGUACAUUUAUACAUUAAGCAAACUUAAUAACUGUAUUGGUUUGUCUUACACACAUUCCGAUUUUUUGUCUAAGCAUAACUGUACCAACCAAAAAUUUUGUUACAAAAUGAAAUAAUGUAUAAUAUUUAGCAGUGAGCGCUAGUAUUACACGUUAGACUCAAUGGAUAACCUUGUUACUAUUUUUGUGCUUUAUUUCGAAAAUUGAUUGUACAGUACCUUUUUAAAAGCCAUCGGUAGGUGAGAGUGGUAAGCAACUAGUUUUUUUGUAGAAACUGAAAACUAUGUGAUCAUAUGUUAACUUGUACAUUUAUUUUUAGGUGUAUCGAAGUUUUUACAAAAUAUUCGUCGUACAGAUGAUUGGUUUCUGUUUCGUAGAUUUGGAAAUGGAUGUGGAUUAGUUUGAGUGGUAUAUUAAAUUACUUUUAAUUUUUUGAAGUCCUUUUGAAUUGGUUAUAAUGGUAACCUAGGUACUUCUGUGAUCGCAAGAACUCCUAAUUUUAGUUAAAUAUGUUGUUGCCUUAUUUAAUAUUCAUGACUAGAGUGGCCUAAAUAAUGUUAUUGGUGCAGUAUGUUUUAGGAUACUGAAACAAUAAGAUUAUAAUAUGACAAAUAUCAUAGAUUCAAUAACAAUUAUCAGUAGCAUUGUAGAAUAAUAUUGUUCGAAUGAAUGUCGAUCUAUUAUCCACUUAAGUUCAAAGCUCAUAUUUCUUUACAAGGAUAAUUAUUAAUCUUAUAGCUGUAGAUGGGGCCUAUGAUGAAUGCUUUAUUAACAAUAAUUUAUAUUUCUAUUUGAUGUGAAUCCGCAGGAAAUUUUUCCAAAAGUCAUGCUUCCAUAUCUAUAAAACAGGAAACUUGCUUCCACUUUUGUCUCCACCAUGGCGAGAACAAUUCUAAAUGCUCAUUUAGGGAGAAGAAAAAAUCGCAUUAAGACACAUAUGAACAUAGUCCAAGUCGCAUGUAGUAUGCAAGUGUAUAUACAAGGGUGUAUGGUAUAAUAUAUAUGGUUACCUAAACAAAAAGAACGACAUUGUUACUGGAUAAUGUUUCCUUUCAGAGGUUUCUCGAUAGGAAUCUUCUAAUGCACUAUUUUCAAGUGUCUCUUAUUCCUUGUUAUCUUAGUAAAUGGUAAAUACUCGAUAAAUAGAUAUACAGGGUGAUUCAGAAAACAGUGGCAAUAUUUCUCGGCCAUAAAUUAAUUGGAAAAAUAACACGAAAAGUGCAUAUAAACAUGAAUCCUGAAAUACCCCCUUAACGGAAUACAGGGUAUCGAAGAUAUUCCGAUAUUGCCUUAACAUUUAAUAGUAUAGGAGCAAAACCCAUACAUAAAAAAUUAUCGGGUUUGCCACUACAACAAAGACAGAAUUAAAGGUUCACUGCGGCAGUUCGCAUGUUUGAAUAAAGUAUUCAAUUUUACAUGAAUCACCUCUACUGAGAAUAUUUGUAGGACUACUUUUUUUUGAGAGAAACUGGUUUGAAUAUUUGAAGUCAAAUCUUUUAUAAAAUAUAUUAACACUAUGUGAACAAUAUUUAUGUUUUGCCCUUAUCCACUCUCAUCAGUAACUCCACAACAUCCUGUAAACCUGCCAUGGGACGUUUUAGAGCGUAUAUGAGCUUUUUUGUUACUUUUAGAUAUUCCGGGAAUAUUGCCAUUCUGUCUUCGCGAUGGCACAAUUUGAACCACUGCAAAUGUUGGCAUAAUCGCAUCUUACACAAUAAAUGCAUACUGAAACCCGAAACUACACGUAUGAUUAAAUAGAAUGAAUGACAGUACGGAAGUAACUGCGAACUGAACGUUGGAUCGUCUACUAACCUUGAAUAAAAUCAUUUCUCGACCUUCUCUCUACAAGAGUUAGGUACUCCCAGAAGACCUCUUCUUGGCUAACUUGUAAAUUUCAUGCUUUUUGUUUUUUAACCAAACAGUUUUAGAAAAGGGAUUAUUCACAAUAUGUUGUCAUUUACCGAAGAUCAACUGAAAGGAUGCAUUAUCUUCGUGACUCAGUCCUUGAAAAACCAAACGUAUUUGUUGCUACAUUAAAAAUUUAGAGGUUUGUUCGAAUUUUGUUUAUUUCGUUUUCUUCCUUAAGCCGGUUCCAUAUGGUAAAGUUGGACUAGACGUACUGCAGUAAAAGGAGGCAUAAAUUGUGGAACUCAAGUCAGCCAAGUCACAAAAAUUCAUCCGCAUGAGAAACUUUACUUUGUGGAAAACUGUUCUCAUUGCCAUAAGUUGAAAGUAAAUCGAAAAACAAAAUAUACGGGAUGCGGCAUAAAAUUCGUUCUAUCAAUGUCAAUGGGCGUGUUCCAAAGACGACGUCACCAGCUACUUAAAGUAAAUGGGCAAUGAGGUUAAGCGUUGCAACGCAAUAAUUUACUAAAUGUACACAAUAUAAUGCUCCUCCGUGACUGUAUUAAUACCCCAGUUAUAUCUAGUUCAUCUUUUAUAGGACUAGCGUGACUCAGUUGACACUUGAUGUUUGAAUACUCGUCAGUUUUGUUCUCCAAGAUUCAGAAAUAAUUAAAUGUCAAUUAAAUCAUUAAUAAACUUUUGUGUUGGAUUAGUUAUCCCAGAAAAUAUAACAAGUUUGCAGUAUGCUCGUAAAGUUGAACACAUGUUUAUCCAGGUAUCACAUGCACCAAACCAUGCUUUACUCAUUAGAAGAAUUUAAAAUAUAAAAUAUUUUAAAUUGCUUCUUUCAUGAGCGUGUCACUAUGAAUACAUUCAUGUGAUUCCUUUUGAUAGGCAUUAUUUCAACUUUGGAGGUACACUGUUACUAUAUGUGGCACACAAUGUUUAGAUUGAACAGGAUAUCUGUACAAUAUACAUGUAUUUUUAGGGACAACUAAUUUAUGUUUCACACCAAAAAAAAUAUCUGUGUAGCUUAGAAAACUCGCUGUAUUAUGUUUGAUUCUUAAUAUUUGGAAGAUGAGUUUAUGUGCCAAGGUAUCUCAGAAGUAUUCAUUAACCAGAUAUUUAAAAGUAGCACAGCUCCACCUAACUGGCGGGUCAGAAAAUGCCUCUAGUGUAGUUCGAAUGAAUUUUAUUACGCCUCACAUCACGUCUUCUGAAUCUUCAAGAUAUGCAAACUUUUUGAGUGCAAAAAGUGUUUCGAACAAAAAUUGGAAAAGGACAUGAAAUCUAGCAUUUAUAGCAUUUUUUACCACCUUGUUAUUCUUGUCCCAAAGAAUAUUAAGCGCGUUAACAUUUAAAUGAUCGAAUAUAAUUCGACCAAUUCUUCGUCCAGAAACAUUGAGGGUGUCUGCUAUGUGAUUCGCCUAACUUUUAUCAUAUGUAACUUCUCUCACAAGUUCUACAUUUUUUUCGGUAGCGACUUCAGAUGAGCCCUCUGGACCUGGAUCAUCUUCUGGCGUUAAUAAGUCACGUUUACAACUGAAGCACCAUCUCUAGAUGAUCUGCACAGAUAGCUUAUCUUCACUUUUUCCAUUUCGUCGUUCUUUAGUUGAUGGACCACAAUGCAAAAUUGGCAUUGCAACCAAUAUUCAGUUAUAUUUAUCAAAAAUCCAAAUAUAUGUUAAUCUAGCUGGAUUAUAUUGAAAUUUGCCAUACGACAUAACUUAAUCGUCGAUGUAUUGGAAUGUGAAAGUAAACAGAAAAAGCAGACGGAGUGCAACCCAGAAGACAGAUAAAUAAAAUAUAUUGUCAAAAAAGGGACAAUUGUACUGAAGAAAGACUAUCGAUAUGAAAACCACAUGAUAAGUUUCAGAUGUUGCAUGACAGAACGUAUCGCGUGUCCUACAGCAUUUUGCCAAAACCACAGCAAAUACCGUAUCGCCAGCACGGUUGGAUAGUAAGAUUGUAAUAGUCAAGCGCGUUGGACAAAUGAGUGCCCUUAGCAAAAGAUAAAUAUGCUUUUUCUAGAGCAGUGUCACACUUUUAUUUGGAGCAAGCCAACAAAUACAGAUACAAAUCCUUACAUAGUACAAACAUUUGCGCACGAUAGCAACUACAGUUUCUGUCAGAAUACAGUUUCAGCAGUUAUAAUCUAUAUAUGAGGUAUGUAAAUUAAGUGAUGAGACUUUUUUUAUUACAAUUUUAUACAUAUCGUCACCCUCGAAAUAACUUCCUUCUUGACAAAAUACUCCGUAGGCCUGUUUAGCAGGAGUUUCCGUUGCACUCCAACCAAGUCUGACGCAAAACCGUUGCUUGGAAUUAAUGUCUGUUUCACAAAAAAGUCGCUACGGUCAACCAAAUGACUCUAGCGAGUUCAAACUUGUAAUGAAGGCGGAUCACAUGUUCCCCCAUCUCCACUCCACACCCGGCGCCUCCAGUGUUGUCAGAUCGAAUGCUACGUUGCCAUCACUUAGUGUAAAGACCUUGUACAUAAAUGUGAAUGUCUAUCCAGUCUGUCGACAUCACGCCUGGACCGCAAUACAGAGAAACGUAAGAAUUUGUACACUUAAUAAAGCCCAGGGAAGGUUAUCGUCGAAAAUGUACAGGUGUUCGAAAAGUAUGGAUAGAUAAAAAUAUUUCGAAAAAUACGUCCCCUAUAAAAAAAUGUUGUACAACAGUGUUGAAAGGUUCGAAAAGAUUUAUCUAAUGGUGAUCUUGAACGUGACCUUCAAGGCCCUUUGACGAUCAAGCCAGGUUUUUCAAAUGAAACCCCUAUGUUUGAUACCAAAAAUGUAAAGAGCGGGAAAUUUUACGUUAAAAUAUGUCUUUAGGCAUGACAUUCAUGAUUAUAUCAAGGUGUCCAGAAAAUAUGGAAAGGACAAAAUAUCUCGAAAAACACCUUUAUUGCCAAAGUAACUAAUGCAUUACUUUGAAUAUUGCUUACCAUUCUCCAAAACCAAUCUCCUUUACGCUAAUGCAAAACGAAUGAGCUAUAUUUCAGUUUUUAAUAUAAAAAAGCGCCAAAAGCCAUGUUGUGUUUAUGUCUUAUUGGCGAUGCAUCCUGUGACGACCCUAAAAAUGAAGUACCAUUGGCAAGUAGCUUUUAUUCAUCUGGUUAGUGAAGCAAGAGAAAGGAAUAUCGUCAAAAUCAGAUAAUACUCAAGGCACUCUUGAUGGGGUUUUGUUGGUCUUAAGCACGGUUCAGGCGUUAUGAAAUUGCUCAUUGUUAAAUUUAUGUUCUAUAAACCCCACCCACCUCAUGAUCUCGACAUAUACAUAUGUUGUUCACGUUUUAUGUUAUCAUAGUAUAUAUCGAUAUAUUAGUUGAAAUGUUGAUAAAAAAAUAUAGAGACGAAGAGGCAGUGGUGGGGUCAACACACAUGGUAUGCAUUUAUUGUAGGAAGAUUUUUAAAAACGUAACGCAAAUCGUUCACUUGCAAAAGUUUUUCUAAGAAAAAGUCAGAUGGUGUAAAUAUAG